GAGCCUCCAAUUUCAACUACAUCAAAGACUGUGUGCCCUGCCCUCUCCUCAAAGAAAGACCUCCCGCUGCAUCUCGACUGUUCGGGAACCUAUAUCCGUCUUUCCCCAUUUUCCACAUACCCCGCCAGUAGAGGUGCCCUUUUUUCUUCUCUCCUUCCGUCGGGCUCCUCGUCCUGCAUUUCCUUGCGUACCGAGCUCUUUCCCCUCGUGCGCCCUCCCCAGCCUGCGACUUAUCUCGUUUGUCUCCAUCUCCUCUCGCCCCCCAGCGAAUCACGCCAGCUCGCCAACACCCAUCCACCCCUCUCCCCCACGCACUCGAGCUGCCUCAGCCGCCUGCGUGCCUGUCUAUACUUUGCGUGGCGCGAGCGACUCGGCCAGGUCCCCAAGCCCGCAACCACCCACAUACUUAACUCCCCCUGCUGCUACUGCCGCCCACCGCGAGCCCUCACACCACCGCCGCAACCAUGGCCACCAUGCCGACCAACGGUAGUGUUAAUCACCAGGAACACCCUGCGGGCAACGCCGCCGGCUCGGACAACAGCAACCUGUCCAAGGAUGAGGUCGGCUGGUACUUCGUUGAGCAGUACUACCUGACCUUGAGCAAAAACCCCGAGAAGCUCCACCUCUUUUACGGAAAGCAGUCUCAGUUCGUUUACGGGCUCGAAGCCGAGGUUGCCAACGUUUCUGUCGGUCGCCAGCAAAUCCAAGAGCGCAUCAAGUCGUUGGACCUGCAGGACUGCAAGGUCCGCGUCUCCAACGUUGACUCCCAGGCUUCGGGCGAUAGCAUCGUCAUCCAGGUCAUCGGUGAGACCGUCAACAAGGGCGGCGAGCCCAAGAAGUUCGUCCAGACCUUCAUCCUCGCCAAGCAGCCCUCUGGAUACUUCGUUCUCAACGACAUCCUUCGGUACAUCAACGAUGACGCUGAGGACGAGACCCCCGAGGUCGCCGACGCUGCCGAGGAGGCCGAGCCUGUUGCCCCUGAGGCCGAGGCUGCCCCCGUUGAGGCAGAGGCGCCCAAGUCCGAGCCGGUCGAGGAGACUGCCGCUCCCGCUCAGGUCGAUACCGCGGCCGUCAGCAAGAAGCUUGAGGAGAUAAGCGACGAGUCCAACGAGACCCCCACCACCUCAGCCAUUGCCACCCCGGCCGAGCCUGCUGCGCCUGCCGAGGAGCCCGCUGCUGCGGCUCCUGCCAAGACCGAGACUGUCGCCGAGGCCGCCCCCGACCCGGAGACUGUGGCGCAGGAGGUCGCCGAGGAGGAGAGCAAGAAGGUUGAGACCCCCAAGGAUCCCACCCCAACCCCCGCUCUCGCCCGCGCGCCUGUGCCUGCCGAGCCUGAGAAGCCCAAGGAGCCCGCCAAGCCUAUGACCUGGGCUAGCCGCAUUGCUGCUGCCGCCGGUCCUGCUCGUCCUGCCGUUGCCCUCCCCAAGCCCGCCACUCCUGUUGCUACUCCUGCCCCGCGUCCCGCUGCUGCGCCGGCUGCUGCCCCAACUCCCGCUGCGCCCCAACCGGCGGCGGCCCCUGCGGCGGCCGCGCCCGAGGCCGCUAAGGACUCGGGUGAAUGGCAGACUGCCGGAUCCGACUCCAAGCGUCAGAACAGGCCCGUGUCCGUUACUGGUGCGCCCCAAGAGAAGGAGGGUACGCUUGGUUAUGUCAAAUACGUCACCGAGAAGGUCAAGGCCGAGACUCUCAAGUCGACUCUCACCGCCUUUGGUGAUCUGGUUUACUUCGACAUCAACCGCACCAAGAACUGCGCCUUUGUCGAGUUCGCCACUCCUGCUGGCUACCAGGCCGCUGCCGCCGCAAACCCUCACACUGUCGACGGCGAGAACAUCAUUGUCGAGGCCAGGAGGCCCAAGGCCAGCGCCUACGGCGGCAGCAACUACAACAGCCGUGGCGGCAUCCCGGGCCGUGGCCGCGGAAACUACGAGGGCGGCCGCUCGGGUGGCCAGGGUGGUCGUGGCGGCUUCAACAACCAGCCCCGUGGUGGACGCGGCGGCGGCGCUCCCCGUGGCCGUGGAGUUUCGCAGCCCGCCAACGCCUAAACGCCAAGACGAUACGCAAACAAAAAGUCAAACGAAGAAGUCUGAGCGAAUGGCGCCGUCUUGAUAUUGCCGGCGCCCUGGCUCUACUAAAAGAGGCUUGAAAGCCUGUCGGCUCACCCGACAAACAGACGAUGGCCAAAGGAGGGCGGGGGGUGGUCAAAACAAAGGGUAAGAGGAGGAACAACAAAGUUUGGCGCAUCUGGCCGGAGUUCGAGGUCGAUAUUUUCUCCGGGUGGGUUUCACACAUUUGCAACACAAAAAGUCCAUUUGCACGAAGCUAGCGUGUAGAGGGAUCAAAAGGCCUUGAGAAAAGUUGCGAGUCGGUUUUUCUUUUUUCUUUUUGGGAGUUAUCAUGGGGUCUGGCCCCCGUUCUUUUUAUCUCUUGGGUUUUUGCGUUCUCAUAAUAUGGGCCGAGAGGGACUCGAUGGGUGGGUGGGAAAUGGUGGCCGUGGUCAUAUCAUGGUGUUGGUGAUUGAUAUUUAGGUAUCCUUUUUUCCUGUUUUCUUUCCUUUGCUUUCUUGGCUGCUUUUCGUCCUCGGUACGGGGACAUGGACGAAGGAUGGGGUUUCACCCGCUUUUUAUAUGUCUACUUCCAUUUUGCUCUCAUCUCUCAGCCUUCCUGGAGCCCUCCAAGCCACCAAGCAACAGGGCAAAAGCGUUUCGAUUGCUUACUUCCCCCCGCUUUGGACUGGGUGGGAUCGUUCAAUGUACAACUUUUCUUUCUUUUUCAUUUUGACUUUCGUUCGUUUUCAAUGCUACCCAGCGCUACCCUUUUACGAAGCUUCCAUUGGUCCGUAACGUGUGCCAUGAGCUCCGUCACCCAGCACUCCCCAGCACUACCAGCUAGACACCAGAUUGGUCGGGUCAAGUAGCCUUGGGGCAGUAUUCUCCUCCAGGGCUAAAGUCUACAUAAUACAUGCUUGAGCGGCGUUUGGUUUUCCCUCAAGGGCGCGCCAGUGAUUGCAAAUAUGAGGC